UAACAUGCUAACUCUUUCCGUUAGCAUAAGAUCCAGUCGGGGUGAACCAGCAGAGCCUGUAUGUUUGGAUAAACCUGUUGAAGCGGACUUCGUGUGAACUUUCGGGAUGUUUCACCGCAGACUCAUCUCCUGUUAGCCAAGAAUGCUAAAGGAAGUUAGCGCAGCUUGCUAGCAGGAAGUAGACGGAGCCGGAGCUCGGCCUCACAGUGCUAGUCGGAGUAGCUUCGAUAGAGACCAAACUGUAUUUUUCACGGAAUCUGCUGCUGUGAAGCUGUGAAAAUGUCUAAAGUCCAAACGCUGAGAGCUUUUGUCAGCCAGAGACUAAGUGCGGCUGCUGAAGAGAUAUUUGAGCUGUUUGAAAGAACGAUAGCAGAGUACGAGGAGGAACUUUGUGGACAACGCAAACUACUGGACGCUGUUUUCCAGCCUGAAGUCCGGCUGCACAGAGCAGACGUCCAGCUGCUGUUGGUGAGUAAAGAAGAUGAUCCCCCUGAGCAGCAGGACUGGAGCCCCAGUCUGGACCAGGAGGACCCACCAGAGCCCCCACAUAUUAAAGAGGAACAGGAGGAACUCUGGACCAGUCAGGAGGGAGAGCAGCUCCGAGGGCUGGAGGAGGCCGAUAUCAUCAAGUUCACAUUCACUCCUGUCCCUGUGAAGAGUGAAGAAGACGAUGAAGAGAAACCUCAGUCCUCACAGCUUCAUCAAAGACUCACUGAACAGAUGAAAACAGAAGCUGAUGGAGAGGACUGUGGACGACCAGAACCAGCCAGGAACUCAGAUCCAGAUACACAUUUACAACCAGCUACUCGGGACAAGACGUCAGACUCUAAACCUGAUGAACCUCAGUCAGGUUUAAACCCUCUGAAAAAUAACAGUGGUGUGAAAUCAUUUAGCUGCUCUGAGUGCGGGAAACGAUUCACUAAAAACUCAAGUCUGAAGACACACAUGAGAAUUCACACAGGAGAGAAACCCUUUAGUUGUUCAGUCUGUGGUAAAGGAUUCACACAGAAGACACAUCUGAGACUACACUCACCUGUCCACACGGGGGUGAAACCCUUCAGUUGUUCUGUUUGUGGUAAAGGAUUCACACAGAAGACACAUCUGACCGCACACUUAAGAAUUCAUGAAAAAAAACCUUUCACAUGCUCAGUUUGUAAAACUAAUUUCAGUGACAGAAGCAAACUGUUCAAACACGUGAGAAUCCACUAGGGCUAAAGAUUUUCCUAGUGUGUCCGAACAACCGGCAAGGAGACUGAACAUUUUGUUAAUUUAUUUCAACACAGUAUAACAUCAGUCUUGUUGUUCAAAACACGGGAAUAAAUAACUUCCAACUUCCCAAAGACAAAUACUCGCUGACUUAUCAACACGAUGGAUGAUGUAUAACAUUACUUAAGCUGCAGGAACUUUCCCCAUCUGCAGCUGCAAUCUGACUUUUGUUAUUUUUUGUUAAUUGUGCAUCGACACAUCGACAUGGAGUCACCGAAGAAAGGAUACGACAGAUGGACUGACGACGAAAUCCAGAGAGAAUUGGAAAAGGUGACCUGAAAUGAUAAGGUGUACGCAAAAAUCGCCAGCAAGUUAAGCGAGCUGAACAUUUUAAACAACAGUGCUGAGAAGACUAAAAAAAACUCAAACAGGGUUACAAGAAAAUCAAGGACCACAACAGAAGCGGCUCUGACUGGCAGACCAGCAAGUGGUUCGACCGCCUGGAUGCGUUGCUGGGUCACAGGCCGGCCUUCUCUGGACUCAGCAGUAACAAAAGACUCGGCUACUGUGUUGCUGGAAUCCGUGAUGGACGAUACGGAAACAGAUGACCAGUGUGUUAAGUGCUAUAACGUUAAAGGUAGCUGGUGUUGUUAGUUAGUACUUCUGUUCCUCUGCGCUGACGUGACAGUGAGCAGCUGUAACGAAGGAGUUUCCCCUCAGGGAUCAAUAAAGUAUUUCUGAUUCUGUUGCCCUACACGAAAGCCUAACGAUAGCCACAUGCUAACGACAACCGCUAAUGCUAACCGCUCAUGGUGUAGAACUGUAAGGCAACAGUAUGUAUUAUGAUAACGUCGUUGCAGUGCACAUUUGUGUUUUUCAACGUAUUCUUCAGAUGAACAGUGAACUGCAGGCCUCCGAGACCAGCGACGGCGACCACCAGCAGUCCUCGUCCGAUGUCUCCGGCUGAAGCACACAAACGCCGAGAGGAAAAGGGACGCUGAAGGACAUGGACAAAGCUAACCGGACCGUCCUGCAGCGAGGACAGUCCAACAGAACAUGCAGCUGCUGCUUGAGAGGCGGCAUGAGUUGGCAUUCCUGCAGUCGGAGGCGGAGAGACUUUCAGGACGGGUUUCUGUCUGUUCCUGGCCACGACAUUAAUUUCCACUGUUAUGCAGACGACACACAACUUUAUGUCCCGCUGACUGGUAGUGACUUGUCUCUGAUAUCAAAUGAUGUUAUAAUUUAUACGUUUGUUCUAACAAGACCGCUGCUCCUGUGAUAGUUACAGCAAUGUAAAUAUGCAAAAGUUCAUCUAAAAAGUGGCAACAGCCGGCAGCCAUCUUUUUACCGAUUGCUCCUUUUUUUGUUGCGUUGUCGCCACCUGGUUAAUACUGUAGUUAUGGCUACAUGUGUCCUACGAGGCUGCCGUACUUUGACUAGAUGUAAACAGGAAGAAGUUAAAUAAAGUUGGAGUUGAAAGUACCAUAAUGUGUAGCACUCACGUGGGUGGCUUAUGAGAAAACGGGCCCCUGAGCACAGACAUGUAAGAGGCCCCCCACCCCUCCUACACAGCAGGAAGUCACUACAAACACAACGACAAAAUAAACUUUGAUUCUUUUA